CUGGUGGCGUGGCAGUGACUGUGGGGCUGUGCCUCUGUUGGUGCGCGCGGGGUGCACUGAUCAGUUGCAUAUCAUUCUUGCAUGACACACAAGGUUACAGGCGGCACCAUGGGCUGUCUCAUCGCACGGCGGCUGGGCAUCAGCAGCUGGGUGGCACUCUUCCUGUUCGGCGUGGUCGGCGGCUUCUUGCUGGCCGGCAUGCUGCUGCAGGAGAGCAGGCUGGAGGAGUUCACGUUACCCGGCACGGCGCCCAUGGUGCUGCCCGCCUCGGGCGGGCUGAGCGCGCCGUCGGCACCGCUGGCGCAGACCGCGCGCGACGAGCUCGACACGUUCGAGCCGGUGAUCCGCGCGCCGCUGCCCAACGUCAAGGCGGCCACGGACGAGAAGUUCUCGCGGCCGCGCUUCUACUCCACCGAGCUGGGCACGCACCGUAAGCUGUACGUGGCCGUGCUGACGUCACCGGACACCGUGCACACGGAGGCGCGCAACAUCAACCAAACGCUCGCCCACAUCACCACCUCCAUGGGCUUCUUCAUGACCGGCGAGGCCAACAUGGCGCUGCCCAAGAACCUGCACGACGUGGUCAUCUUUCCGUCGGAGGACAUGGACCUGCCGCUGAAGACGGCCGAGUACCUGGCCGACCACCACGGCCACCUGUACGACUACUUCUUCGUGGUGCGCGACUCGACGUACGUGCGCGGCUACCGGCUGCAGGAGCUGGUCGAGGACCUCAGUGUCAGCGUCGACGUGCUGCUGGCCGGCCGCGUCGGCGGGCGGUGCCAGCUCGACGGUGGCCUGCUGAUGAGUCGUCAGGUGCUGAUGUCGGUGGCCGGCCGGCGCAGCCAGUGUGAGGCGGAGCACGGCUCGGCCGGCCAGGACCGGGCCCUCAUCGCCUGCCUGGAGCAGCAGGCUGGCCUGGCCUGCUCCGACCAUGUACAGCGCAAGAAGUUCGUGUCCGGGGCGUGGUCGGAGCUGGACCCGGCGUCGGUCGUUGACCAGCCGGGCCUCGUCACGGUGCGCGGCGUGCACAGCACCGCGGACGCCAACCGGCUGCACGCCGCCUUCUCGCGGCUCGAGAUCGGCCAGAUCGACGAGCGGAUCAGCGAGCUCCGGCUGGCGCUCGAGGCCAACCAGCGCAACAUGCAUGCCCUCAGCCGCGCCAAGAACGGGGGUCUCGGCGACUCGGCGGACGAGGCGGCGCCCGAGCCGCUGCCGUGGCCGGCGGGCUCGGCGGCGCCCGUGCGCACCAGCAGCCGCCACCACAUCAACAUGUGGCUGCGCUUCUCCGAGACGCACAGCUACCUGCAGACGCCCAACGGCGUCAGGGACGCGCACAGCCGCGUGGACAAGCUGGACGUGGAGGACGUCAUUGCGCUGGGCAUGGCCGAGGUGCGCAAGUCGGGCCCGUACCGGAUGGUGAAGCUGAAGGCUGGCUACCGGCGCUUCGACGGAGGCCGAGGCAUGGACUACAUCAUGGAUCUGGAGGUGCAGCCCGAGCAAGGCGGCGACUCGGAGAUCCGCAGGGUGGAGGUGCACCGUCCGAUGCUGAAGGCCGAACUGGUGCCGAUGCCGUUCGUGACGGAGAAGCCGACGGUGACGGUGGUGCUGCCCGUCACUGCUGACCAGAUCACGAGGGCGGAGCAGUUCGUGCAGAACGUCAUCAACAACAACGAGAACCUGAGCGUGGUGCUGUACCUGAUCGCCGGCGACUCCAGCCUGGAGGUGUUCCGGCCUCUCGUGCAGCUCGUGCAGGCCAGCAACAAACGGUCGGCGUCCAUGUCACGGCGCAUGGGCUGGAUGACGGUCAAAGAGACGAAGGCGCCGUCGCAGUUCUUCAUCAUGGACGCCGUCAGCAAGAAGGUGUCGAGCAAGGCGCUAAUCCUGCUGUUCAACGAGCCCGCACUGGAGUACGACUCGGAGCUCUUCAACAGGGCUCGUAUGCAGACAAUCCGCGGUUGGGAGAUAUUCUGCCCGAUACCCUGGGUGGAGUACCAUCCGGACCUUAUCUACAACGACGGCGCGCGCGGCGACAAGCUCGAGAUCCACAAGAACUACGGACACUUCGACGGCGACUUCUACGGCAUCCUGUCCUUCUACAUGGACGACUACCUGACCAUGCGCGAGAAGACGCUGUCGGACAUCCCGCGCUUCCAUUCGAGCAGCCCGGCGGCCGACCAGCCCGACCUGCACCCGUACGAUCUGUACGGCGCCUUCCUGCGCCACUCGGGCCUGCACGCGCACCGCGCCGUCGACCCCAGCUUCCGGCUCUACUACUUCACGCGCACGUGCCCGGCCAGCCCGCGCGUCUUCCACCAGAGGGCAUGCGUCAACUCGCUGCUUGCGGGAAUCGGAUCGCAGCAUCAACUGGCCGAGGUGCUCGAGGAGUACCGCAAGCACCGGGCACAGGCCGCGGCCAACGCUAUCUAGCGGCUCAGCGGCCGUGCCAUCUAUCGGCAGGCCUGGGAAACGUGGGGAUUAUGAGCAUGACGGUGGCGGGUUUGUUUGAAAAUGGGUAAAAUACUCCCGCUUUGUUCCGAACAAUUUUAAGAUGCAGUAUUGAUGUGGGAAGCAACUGAUACUAUGAUAACGUAUACCUGGAUCAAUGUCGCCAGGGUGCUUCGAUGCUUUACUCGUUAGACCACGUACUGCUUGGGCCACAAUGUGCCCUUGUCUUGGAUCAGUAGACCAUUAUGUGGUCCCUGCCGCAUCUUUCGCUGACGAUGCUCUUUUGAGGUAUGGUUUGUGGUUUUGCUCACGUCCUGUUUGUCUUGCCAAACCCCUCUAUGUUCAUAUACGUUUACAUGCCUCGGGAAUCAUGAUGGUGAUCCAUUACAUUUCCGUUGCGUACAGCCACGGUGAGGCGCGUUGUUGCCACAACUGCCCCUGUUGCUCGACCAGCCGGACUGUUCAUUAGCUGAUGUCUGAAGGAUACUCACUGGCGUCGAUCCUUGCAAUGGUAUGCACCUCAUCCACCAAGUCUCUACGUCGCGCAUCAUUUUCCUGAGAAAGUUUUACAUCCGGGCAGUCACCAACCUUUCGUUGUGUUGAAGAGGUCCAAAAAGCUGUGACUUUUGUGAAUGUGACAUAUUUUUAACGUGGCAUGUUUUUUGUCCGACUUUCUGUAUCACGAAUACAAACUGACUUUUUA